AUGUUUGCAUCGCCUGUUUUAUCAAAUGCACCCAAUGGAAGCAAGCAAGGCAAGGGUAUGCCUAUCUCAUGCUUUCUUACAUAUGUGCCAGACACAUUAGAGGGUUUGAUUAGCCAUACGUCUGAAUUGCGAUGGUUGUCGGUGUAUGGUGGUAGUGUUGGUGGUCACUGGUCUGAUGUUCGCACAGUAUCAGAUAUCGCACCUGGUCCAAUGCCGUUUCUUCACACAGUCGAUGCCGAUAUGAUCGCAUAUCGCCAAGGCAAGACUCGUAAGGGUUCUUAUGCGGCUUACAUGGACGUAUCACAUCCCGAUAUCAUUGAGUUCCUUAACAUGCGUAUUCCUACAGGUGAUGUACAGCGUAAGGCAUUGAACCUACACAAUGCAGUCAACCUUUCUGAUGCAUUUGUGGAAGCGGUUGCCGCAGGUACAAUGUGGGACUUGAAAGACCCGAAAGAUGGUAGAGUCAAAGAUUCAAUCGAUGCCCGUAAGCUAUGGGAAAGAAUCAUCGAAACUCGUUUCCGUACAGGUGAGCCGUAUAUGAACUUCAUUAAUACGGCUAACCGUGAUCUUCCUCAGCAAUUAAAAGAACUUGAUCUUAAGAUCAAUGGAUCAAAUCUAUGUAAUGAGAUUCACCUCCCGACAUCGGCAGAAAUAACUGCUGUUUGUUGCCUGUCAUCCUUGAACCUAGAGUACUACGAUGAGUGGAAAGACACUUCUAUCGUUCGUGACCUUGUUCGUAUGCUUGACAACGUGUUAGAAUACUUUAUUGAGAAUGCGCCUGAUACGAUUGAACGUGCUAAGUUUUCGGCAGCAAGAGAGCGAAGCAUCGGUCUAGGCGCAAUGGGCUUUCACAGUCUGUUACAGAAACAUGGCGUUGCUUGGGAAUCAGAAGUCGCAAAGGAAAUUAAUGAUUCGGUGUUCAAGCAUAUCAAGGCAAAAGCAGUUAGAGAGACCGAGCUCCUUGCUACCGAGCGUGACGCUUAUUUAGAUGGCGAGAAAUCGGGUCGUAGAAACUCGCACUUGUUAGCUAUUGCUCCUAAUGCAAGUUCGGGUGUUAUCUUAGCAACCUCGCCCUCUAUUGAGCCGUUAAAGGCUAAUGCUUAUACACAUCGUACCCGUGCUGGCUCUUUCCUAGUUAAGAAUAAAUACCUUACUCAAUUGCUUGUCGCUAGAGGCGAAGACAAUGAUUCUAACUGGACACCUAUCAUUACCAAGAAGGGCUCUGUUCAACAUCUACCAUUUCUCACUUAA